AUGGUUUCAAGUGUUUGGUUAUCUAAAAAGCUGCUUUUCAUUGUUGCCGCUGCUAUUAUCACCGGUGUCUUCUUAUUUUUCAACAAUUUGUACAAGAUUGAUCUUUCUUUACUCAAUUUCCCAUCUCCUCUCAUUUCAAAUGACUUAAAUUGUUCUGCACCGUCUAAUUAUGUUAGACCUCCGCCGAGAAUCGCACCAGCGGACAAGAACUCGUAUGGGCAAGCUACAACCCUUCAUAAAGCUUUCAUUGAUGAAGAUGACACUCAAGAAAUUAAAUCGCAUGAAAUUGUUUUGCUUCUAGGAAGCAAUGGAAACACGGGCUCCUUUGACCCUUCCAUCAUGGAUGAUGUUUUCGCCAAUCGUCUUCGAUAUGUCAAAGAGCACAAUUACAACUUUGAGUUUGUCAAUUUCACCGGUAUCAACAUGCCCGCUGUUUGGGGCAAGAUGCCAAGCGUGAUUCAAAUGAUGGAGAAGUAUCCGAAUGCUAAAUGGAUUUGGUGGUUGGACCAAGAUGCUUUGAUCAUGAAUAACAAUCAGUCUUUACAAAAUUUGUUUUUGUCUACCGAAAAACUCAAGUCUUCUUUGUUGACUGAUCAACCAUUAUGGAGUCAGAUCAUAACUCAGGACAAAAGACGUACUCCCUCAAUUUAUAGUGAUGAGAUGAUUGAAAACAUUGAGUAUUUGAUUUCUGAGGACCACAAUGGUGUAAAUGCUGGAAGCUUCCUCGUUAAAAAUACGGAAACAAUGGCUCUGUUUAUGGAUUUACUGACAGAGCCUACUCUUGUCGAUUAUAAGGUCGUACGCCAUGAGCAAGAUCUUAUUGGAUUAAUGAUUCAUCGCCAUCCUCAGCUUGCCGCCAAGUUUGGUAUCUUACCUCAAAGAUAUUUAAACGCCUAUCCACAUGCUCCUCCUGAGAUGGAAUAUCAUCCUGGUGACCUGUUGGUGCACUUUGCUGGAUGCUGGGUUGAGAAUAAGUGUAUGACACUUUGGGAAGAAUUCAAACAGAAAUUGGAGUAA